GUGCAAUUCUAAAUUUGGAAAGAAAAUAAAAAGGUACGUACAGUAAUUGUAACAGCCAGGCUAUGCAUUUGUCCAUGUCCAUACACAUGUAACAAAGUCCUUCACUUAAGGAACCCCAAAUCUGCCUCCCAAAAAUAUCUCUCUACCUUCAUCUCCAAGAUUCCUGGCUGAGAACCAAAACAGCCGUUGUCUGUGUUUCAAAGUUCUUGAACAUGGCAUAUUACUCGUCGGGUUUCGAUGCACCGAUGGAUAAUCGGCCUCCGUAUCAACCAAAAUAUGUCAUGUUGAAUAGUAAUCAUUCGACAAACUUAAGACCUCCUCCACAAAGGAGACAUGUUCCUCGUUAUCACUCGAAUAAUCAUGGUAAAUCGAGCGGAAAUAGUUGUUUCCGAUGCCUUUGUUGUUGCCUUUGCUUCUGGUUACUAUUGAUCAUUUUUCUUGCUGCUGCUCUUUUCGCUCUUUAUACGUCAUUGGACCCGGAAAUCCCUCGUUACAAUGUGGAUCGUUUUGACGUGAAAUCUUUCAAUGUUCAACCUGAUUUUAGUCUCUUCACUGAAUUUACUGUCACCGUAAAAUCUGAAAAUCCGAAUAAGCAUAUAGGUUUUGAUUAUGGCAAGAAAAGUUCUGUUAUUGUAACUUACAGAGAUUCGCCGCUUUGUUCUGGCACCAUUCCUGCAUUUCAUCAACCUCGCCAGAAUACCACAUUGAUACCCAUUGUUCUGAAAGGAAAGAGCGAGUUCGGCUCCGGCCUUCAAGAAGCUCUUAUGCAGAACAGAAAUACGGGACGGAUUCCUCUACUUGUCGAGGUUAGGGCACCUGUCGCACUUGUAAUUAAAGAAAUACCUCUUAGACAAGUUACUGUUCUUAUCAAUUGUUCUUUGGUUGUUGAUAAUUUGUCUCCUAACAAGAAAGCCAAAAUAUUAUCAAGCACAUAUCAGUAUGGUAUUGAGCUAUAAUUAUACGCCAUACAUCUCCGAACGUUUAUGUAUUUUCUUAUUCUCACACAGAUCGAAUUCAGAGGAACAUAUUUUAUUUUUGAUAAUAUAAAAAUUGUAAGAAAGUUCAUAGGAAAAAAUUCCGAGCAGGUGUUAGAUUGUAAAUGUAAUGUUGCUUGAGUGCAAUGUCAAAUUCUUUGUAAUGUGUAACACACUUUAUUAUUGUUUUCAUAAUUUAGGUAUAGAGUUUUGUUCUCUCAA